GGGCGGGACAAACUAACACCGGCGCUGUCAACAAAAUAUGUCCUCUCCGCUAGAAACGAAGUUUAAUUAAUUUUACUCGACACCACAGAAAGGUUUGGCGUAAACAUGAGUUCAUUUGCAGGUCGAAUGAAGGAGUAUCCCACCGUGUCUUUGGACCGGUUCGACCGGGAGAACCUACAUGCCCGGGCAUAUUUCCUCUCCCACUGUCACAAAGAUCACAUGAAGGGACUGAAAGGACCAAUACUGAAGAGGAAACUGCAGUUCAGUCGUACAGUCCGGCUUUACUGCUCCUUCGUGACCAAAGAACUUCUUCUGAACAAUCCCAAGUACGCUUUCUGGGAGGAAUACAUCGUUCCCUUAGAGCUGGAGAGCCCAACUCAGAUUUCCCUGGUUGACGAGGCAUCUGGAGAGAAAGAAGAGGUCGUGGUCACGUUGCUUCCUGCAGGCCACUGUCCCGGCUCUGUUAUGUUCCUGUUUGAGGGUUCCCAGGGGAACGUGUUGUACACAGGAGACUUCAGGUUAGCUGCCGGAGACGUCUCGAGAAUAGAACAUCUGCACUCAGGCAGCAGAGUGAAGGAUAUUCAGAGUAUUUAUCUGGACUCCACUUUUUAUGACCCACGAUUCUACCAGAUCCCCACUCGGGAGGUCUGUCUGAACGGUAUCUCAGAACUCAUUGGAAACUGGAUCACUCAGAGUCCUUAUCACGUUGUGUGGCUCAACUGCAAAGCCGCGUAUGGAUAUGAAUACCUGUUUACCAACCUGGGAGAGGAGUUCAACACACAGAUUCAUGUCAGAAGUCUGGCGAUGUUCAAGAAGAUGCCGGAGAUCCUGAGCUACGUGACGACUGACCGCAGGACGCAGAUCCAUGCCUGUCGACACCCUAAGGAUGAGGAGUUUUUCCAAGGCAGCCGGUUGCCGUGUGGCUGCACAGCACCUGAUGGGACUCCUCUUCGAAUCAUCAGCAUCAAACCGUCCACCAUGUGGUUUGGAGAACGAACGAGGAAGACUAGUGUUAUAAUAAAAACAGGAGUCAGUUCCUUCAGAGCCUGCUUCAGUUUCCACUCGUCUUACUCAGAGCUCAGAAACUUCCUUUCCUACCUCCAGCCGGUCAACAUCUACCCCAGUGUUAUCCCUCUGGGUCGGACGCUGACUGAGGUGACACAGACGUUGAGACUGAUGUGCAGGAAACAGUCGGAUCAAACUAUGAGUGUAUACAAACCUCUGGGAGUCCUCAAACGCUGCAAGGUGGAGCAACCUACAUAUGAUUCAGACAGCGAUGAUGAGCUGUUUGACGGGCUGGACCUGGUGCCAGUGAGGAAGAAGAUGGCGCUGAACCAAGAAAUGAAAAAUGUGAAAGAUCAGAGUCCUCAGGAAACAGCGCCCCCUGUGUCUGCGGUUGAGUCUCUACCUGUGACAGUCACAGACACACAGCCUGUAACAGGUAACUACAUGGACUGCACUGAGUCCAAUGAUGAAGAGGAGGGUGAGCAAGAGGGAGAGAACGAGGGAGAGGAGGAUAAAACACUGACGACGGAGGAGGCGAAAGGAACAAUAAAGGAAACUGAGAAUAAGUCGACUGACGUUGAAGGAAGCGGCUCCUCUAAUCCUCCGAAAUGGGAGGACUUCUUCACCACGGAGACGCUGACUGACAGCCAGAACAGCCUCAACAGCCAAUCACAGUCCUGCUGCUCUGUCCCAAGCCCCUCCCCCUCCAAAAUGACUGAUUCACAGACCCCAGAUCUGUUCAGCGAUGAAGAGGAAACGCCUGAAAACUUCAGUUUGACCCUGUCCGCCUCUCUGUCGAAUCAUUCCUCCCAGAACCAGGAGUCGUAUCUACCUGACACUUUGAUCCUCCAACCAGAGCAGGAGGGGCGGGCACAAGGAGACGCGAGGACCAAUACUGUGUCUCAGGAGAAGGAGCGCAGCGGGCAGUUGGAGCAGGAGGAGCUCUCAGAGUCUCAGGUGUCGUCGGACUUUGAUAUUCCCUGCACGCCAGAGUCCAAAGUGCCUCAACCUGAUGAACUGUCACAGUUGUACAGGAAGCUGGCGUCAGGAGAGGAAGUGGUCAUCAGAAAGGGAAGUCAGGGCUACACAUGACAGAAUGUUAAAGGAAGUUUUUUUGUGAGCCACGUUGCUAUAGGCUUGGGCCGGUGUUAAAAACCCACUAUUUUGAACACUGCAGCCUGUUCUGUUUUGUUCAGAGAACAUCGGCGUGCAGCCUCGUUCUGUGGACGAUAAACGAGGUGCAGACUGAUAAAGGAGGAAAUACAGUGAGUGACAACAACCCGCCCACAUUUAAGAGAACUGUUUGUGGUGGAAACACUAGGGUCUAGGUACCAUGUCUGAAGGGUUACUGGUACCAUACUGAAAGUGUUUGGUGGAAACUGGGCUUAAAGCUGCCAUGUCUCUUGUCCAUCCCAAAAAAUACAUGAACUUUCAAGUAAACAAAGACAAGUUGCCCUGUUCAUUGCCCCCUCCCACCUCCACUGAAAUUGCUCUCCUUCGUGUUGCCAGCCUCAGCUCUGCACGAUCUGUCAGACACCAGUGGCUCUGUUAGUCUGUGACCAUAUAUACAUAACUGAUCACAUUGUCAUAUUGCUUAUUACUAAUGCAAGCCAAGUUGGAUUUAGCGCCAUGAUGCCGUCAGCACAGGUUGCUGAUGUAGACUACUCUUUAUCUGCCAGAAUGACAAAUGUCAGUUCAGCUGUUUGGCAUUAAAUCAAACUGGUUUAAGCUCGCACACCUGACAGGAGCAGCCAAACUGGAAAUCAACCCAACUCUAAUAUCUUAUCAUUUGUUCUCCUAUAUGCCCCAAGAUUCCUGUUUUGUAUAUGUGAACAACACAUAAUGAGCUUCUAUGAUACCAGGUAUGCCUUUCAAGUGACACCAUUCCACUCUAAAACCACACGGACCUCAGUAUGUACAGCACCAACACACACACACACACACACACACACACACACACACACACACACACACAGUUUCUUCCAAUGCACUUUAAGUUCACCCGUGCCCUACAUACAUUAAUGCACCUGUGACUUUCCCUGCUUGUUGUCGGUUUGUGGUUUUGUUCUGCUGAACUCUUUUCUUCCUUUUACACUGCAUCAAUUACAUGAAGUUCUGAAUCAAAGCAGAACUUUUGGUUUGUUGUAUCAAAUUAAAAGUAUUUUAUUUAAACCAAAGAGCAUUUUGUAUGCUUUCAAAGUUCAGAUGAGUGAUUCAUUUGACUUAAUACGAGUUAAAACUAGCAAAAAAGUUAAAAAGAAAUUCACCAUCAAGGGCUGUAAUCAACCAAAGAAAAACUUGGUUGACAGAAAUUCUUCCUUCUCCUAAACCAUUUGAUUGGUCUAUUGAUCUCCCCCUGAAUAAGAUUUUUCCUAGUCGACCAAUAGUCGUCAUUUAGGUCCAUUAGUCGACUAGUCGCCCACAUGUUUCUGAUAUGAAUGAAAUGAUUAAAUGAUAUAUUUUGGUGGUUUGAGUUGAAGGUGUGAGAAAGAAUAGUAUCAGUAACAUUGUUAACACUGUGCUACAUUACAGAGAAAUACAAAACCGUACUAAUGAACCUUCAUUAAUAUAGGCCUAUAUUUUAUCUACAAGUGCACGUCACACACUGAGCGAGCCGCCUGUUAAUGACGCUGUGGGCUAAUGGGCAUGUAGCUACUUCCAUGUUUCAGAUGAUACGUCAUGUUUGUAGUCGACCAAUGAAGAUGAGUUUACAUAUCACCUUGGGUUCGUCCUUCACCUUCUCAAAAUGAUCCCACACUUUGGAUUUCCUGCCCGACAUGUUAUUA